AUGAAUUCCUCUCAUGGAGUUUCUUCUUCGAUUGUUCGCCUCAACAUUGGAGGGAAGAAAUUUAGUACAACGGUUGAUACCUUAACUCACCGUGAGCCAGAAUCGAUGCUGGGGGCAAUGUUUAGCGGCCGGCACAUUGUUUGCCAGGAGGAGUCCGACAAGGGAUACAUUUUCAUUGAUAGGGAUGGCAAGCAUUUUCGUCAUAUUUUGAACUGGUUGAGGGAUGGUGUUAUUCCAAUCUUGAAAGAUUCUGAUUAUCUGGAGCUCUUACGGGAGGCAGAAUAUUUCCAGCUUCUUGGAUUAAUUGACGGAAUCAAAGUUGCUCUGAGUUGUAAGAAGAAGGACGAUGAAGAAUUAGGCACUGAAUUGACUCGGAUUGAUAUCAUCAAAUGUAUACAGUCUGAGAAAGUUCGGUUCCGAGGAGUUAAUCUUUCUGGUCUUGAUCUUUCGAAGCUGGAUCUGUCAUUUGUGGACUUCAGUUAUGCAUGUCUUAAAGGAGUGUUCUUUUCACGUGCCAAUCUUCAGUGUGCGAAAUUCAGGGAUGUAGAUGCUGAGGCAUCCAAUUUUCACAAUGCCGCAUUGCGCGAGUGUGAAUUCACUGGAGCAAACCUUCGCGGAGCAUUGUUAGCUGGUGCCAAUCUUCAAAGUGCAAACCUACAAGAUGCAUGCUUAAUAGAUUGUAGCUUUUGUGGAGCCGAUCUGCGAUCAGCACAUUUGCAGACUGCUGAUCUAACCAAUGCCAACUUGGAAGGAGCAAAUCUGGAAGGAGCUAAUCUGAAGGGUGCAAAGUUAUAUAAUGCAAAUUUGAAGGGUGCAAAUCUUCAAAGAGCUUAUCUUCGCCAUGUGAAUCUUCGUGAUGCUGAAAAAGAUGGGGUUUCGGUUCAAAUAGAAGAGGAUUCGUGCUACACCCACAACCUUGUCGACAUGGAUCUUAUUGGGGCAAAGUUCUGA